AUGGCUAAUGAGAUUAUUAAGUGCUUGCGUGAUUGGGGCUUAGAUAAAAUAUUUACCAUCACAGUCGAUAACGCUAGUUCGAAUGACGUGACUGUGAAAGAGUUGUCUAAGAUGUUCACUAAACGGGGGAUCAAUUUCAUGAAUGGAGAACACCUUCAUGUGAGGUGUAUGACGCAUAUUCUAAAUCUUAUUGUUCAAGAUGGUUUGAAGGUGUCUGUUGUUUCUAUUGAACGGGUUAGAAAAGCAGUUAAAUACAUAAGGUUGUCUCCUGCAAGGUGUAAAAGGUUCCAAGAAUGUUGUGAAGAUGUUGAUAUUAAUUGUAAGAAAUCUUUAAGUUUGGAUGUUUCUACAAGAUGGAACUCCACAUACUUGAUGUUAAAUAGAGCUAUUGAGUUUGAAAAUGCAAUUUCCAGCUAUUCUGCUCAUGAUAUUGGCUUGUUACAUUACCUUCAGUUUGUUGAGGAUGAAGAUGGAAAGGAUGAAAAUGGAAGCGCUGUUGGUGCCCUUUUGAGUGAUGACUGGGACAAUGUAAGAAAAAUUGCUAAUUUUCUUCAAAUUUUUCAUGAUCUUACCAGAGAAGUAUCUGGAUCACACUACGUCACAACAAACUCACAUUUUCUUAAAAUUUGUGAGGUUUCUUGUUAUUUGAAACAAUUGAUAUCAAGCGAAGAUGAUAGUGAUGAUCUUUUGGGUAAAAUUGCUUCAAAUAUGAGAGAAAAAUUUGAUAAGUAUUGGGGUACUCCAAAGAAGAUGAACAAAAUGAUUUUUAUUUCUUGCGUUUUGGAUCCUCGUCACAAGUUUAUUUCAGUUGACUUUGCACUUCAAAUGAUGUUUGGGAAAGAAGCUCCAAUUUUAGAGAAAGGAGUUAGAGACUACAUGGAGUUGUUGUUUGGUGAAUAUGUAAAGUCCCUUUCUAAAGAUAAAGGUAGUCAACACUCUUCGUCUUUAUCUAGUUCUUCAUCUGAAAAUUCCAGUUCACUACUUUCAAGUUCAGGCAGUGUUGUCCAAUCGAUAGGAUCUUUAGGGACAUUCAUGGGUGAUCUAAUGAAACAUAAAGCUGAAAAUACAACAACUGUCAAAACAGAAUUGCAAAAAUAUCUUGCUGAAGAAAAUGAAGUUGAAAGCAAGAACUUCAACAUCUUGUCUUGGUGGAAAAUAAACUCACCCAGAUUUCCCGUUCUUGCUGAGAUGGCUCGAGAUGUGCUAGCUAUUCCCAUUUCAAGUGUGGCAUCCGAGUGUGCGUUUAGUACUGGUGGACGUAUCUUGGAUUCAUUUAGGAGUUCAUUAACUCCUAAAUUAGUGCAAACACUAGUGUGCCUUCAAGAUUGGAUAAGAAGUGAAUCAAAACCUAUAAGUGUUGAGGAAGAUAUAGAUGUCCUCGAACAGCUUGAACAAGAUUUGGCUAAUACUAGCAUUCUGGAUGAUUAA